GCGCUCGAGGGGGCCAGUUCCCGUCCCCCCAGCAGCAUGGCAUCCUGUGCUGAGCCCUCUGCCUCAGGCCCUGAGCCUGCCACCCUUCCACCUGCUGGGGUCCCACCACUUGAGGACUUCGAAGUGCUGGAUGGGGUAGAAGACGCAGAGGGUGAGGAGGAAGAAGAGGAGGAGGAAGAGGAGGAGGAGGAGGAGGAGGACCUGAGUGAGCUGCCGCCACUCGAGGAUGUGGGGCAGCCCUCACUGGAGGAGACCGAGCAGCCGGGGGCCCUGGCACGAGAGUUCCUGGCUGCCAUGGAGCCUGAGCCCGAGCCUGCCCCGGCCCCGGACGAGUGGCUGGAUAUCCUGGGGAAUGGGAUGUUGAGGAAGAAGACACUGGUCCCAGGCCCACCUGGCUCAAGCCGCCCAGCCAAGGGCCAGGUGGUCACAGUGCAGCUGCAGACAUCACUGGAGAACGGCACACGGGUGCAGGAGGAGCCAGAGCUGGUGUUCACCUUGGGUGACUGCGACGUCAUCCAGGCCCUGGAUCUCAGUGUCCCCCUCAUGGACGUGGGGGAGACGGCUAUGGUCACUGCUGACUCCAAGUACUGCUAUGGCCCCCAAGGCAGCAGGAGCCCGUAUAUUCCCCCUCAUGCGGCACUGUGCCUGGAGGUGACCCUGAAGACAGCUGUGGACGGGCCUGACUUGGAGAUGCUCACAGGGCAGGAACGUGUGGCGCUGGCCAACAGGAAGCGGGAGUGUGGCAAUGCCCACUACCAACGGGCUGACUUCGUGCUGGCUGCCAACUCCUAUGACCUCGCCAUCAAGGCCAUCACCUCCAGCGCCAAAGUGGACAUGACAUUUGAGGAGGAGGAGCAGCUCCUGCAGCUGAAGGUGAAGUGUCUGAAUAACCUGGCGGCCUCACAGCUGAAGCUGGACCACUACCGGGCUGCGCUGCGCUCCUGUAGCCUUGUGCUCGAGCACCAGCCUGACAACAUCAAGGCGCUCUUCCGCAAGGGCAAGGUACUGGCCCAGCAAGGCGAGUACAGUGAGGCCAUCCCCAUCCUGAGGGCGGCCCUGAAGCUAGAACCUUCCAACAAGACGAUCCAUGCAGAGCUCUCGAAGCUGGUGAAGAAGCAUGCGGCCCAGCGGAGCACGGAGACUGCCCUGUACCGGAAAAUGCUGGGCAACCCCAGCCGGCUACCUGCCAAGUGUCCUGGCAAGGGUGCCUGGUCCAUACCAUGGAAGUGGCUGUUUGGGGCGACUGCUGUUGCCCUGGGGGGCGUGGCUCUCUCUGUGGUCAUCGCUGCCAGGAACUGAUCACCCAGGUGGCCGCCACCCCUUCUGAGCACCAUGGACCCCACCCUGAGCUCCCUAACUUUCCUAGGCCCCUUGUCCACUGCCCUCUCUGGCCUAGCCCCCUCCUGUGGGGCGGGGACAGCGAGGUUUAGGGGUCACAUGGCCCAGUGAGCAGGAGGGACUGAGGCCCUAUAGGAGGAAAGUGAGGCAGGGCCUGGGCCCCACAUCCAGCCUGAAGGGAGGGGGCCCUCAUUCCUCCAGACCCAAUUCCCACCCCCAUCUCCCUGGGUUAGGUCUCAACAGGGGCCAGCCUCAGUUUCUCCUGCCCAACAGGCCUGGGGGCAGCUCUUACCCCAUCCAUUCCCUGUCCAAGUGCCAACCCCUCCUGCCCAGCCUGCUGCACCUCUGUCCAGGCUCUCUCCCCCCGCUCCUCCCUCCCAAGUGAAAUAAAGCCUCCCACCCCGCA